CGGCCGUCUGGCUCGCUUCUGCCACUCUUCCAUUUGGGGAAACCGUCGCGCUCCCCGUCGAGUCCCGCUUAAGUACGAGACCCGUCCGCGAACAGGAUCGCCGCGAGCCGCUCCCGCAUCCCCGCCAGAGACUGCCUGUGCACACCUCUCUUCUUCGACCACCAUGUCUCCGACCGCACCCAUCGAGGUCCUCAUAACCCGCCCUCCGUCGUCCGAGGCGGUCCCGCCGUACCCUCUCGAUCUCCAGUACACUGCCGAGGCCAACAGGAGCGGCUCCGAGAGCGCCUCGCCUCCUCCCGAUUCUCCCCAGUCCGACUCUUGCGCGCCUGCAUCUUUCGGCCUAAAGUCCCAUGGUCAGCUCUACCAGAGUGGCGGCCCUCCGUUCAACUAUUCUUCGUCUCCUACCGACAGCGAGUUCUUCUCCACCGGCUAUGGCGAUGCGUCACGGCCCCAUGUCCACACGGUGCCCGUCAUCCCGACGCUGCUGCCCAUGUCUGCUCUCACGUCGGAAGCUUCCGCGUCUGCAUCCCCGUCCGAAGGCGAGGGGACAAAGCAACCCGAGGACGACUACCGCGUUUCUCCGUCCAAGCAGCGGGCGGGUCCGUCAAGGACACGCGCAAAGGCCACAACCUCAGCCGGACCCGCGUCCCCGCUUGACAGCAGCGCGCCGUUCGAUCCGGCGCACCCCUACGCUCGUCUAUACACCCGCAAAGAGGGCGCGAAGCGGCGCAAGAUGUGGAACCAUGCCCUUGAGAAGUCACUAUUCACGCCACAGGAAAUCUCGACCAUGGGAGCUCCGCAGCGACGGACCAUCUAUACUGCGAGCCUCGAAGCGCACAUCGACCGCCUUCAUGCGCAGCUGCUGACCCACGCCCUUUUCCCCGUCCCGUUCGAGAAGCUCGACUGUUUCCGUGGUCUAAACACAAAAACAGCCAAGAGUAUGGUGGCUGGUCUUCACCGCGAUGCGGCCGAGCUACGCGUGAAGCGUCUCGAGCUUGAGCGUGCGGUGAGCCUGCUUCUCCUUGCUCUCUGGCGAUAAGGCUGACACGCAUAUAGAUGCAUAGCCUUCGCAGUCAGCUCUACGCUCAGCCGGCUGUUCCACAGGCGUAUCCCCACGCGCAGAUGCACCAUACGGCGAUCGCGAUGCGGCGG